UACCGCGUUUUGUUUUCCCGACGCCGGCUUGCGGAAAAAAGAAUAUCAAAAUGGAUGGUGUGACCGAGGACAUGUGGACGCCGUACAAGCAUCUGUACAGCGUGUUCCGGCAGGCCAUGUCGACCCAGAGCGGCGUCACCUCGGACUUGGAGCUGUGCCUCAAGAAGUACAAACAGAACUUUACCAACUUCCUGCGCAAUCCGCCGAAGAGCGAGAAGAGCCGGAAUCAUCUGCGAAAUGUGCAGAACGAUGGCGUCACAAUGCCAGGACAGACGCGCAAGAUGCACCUCUCGCAGGACCUCAUCGACGAGGCCUUCAUUUUGUCGGACAUGUUCGAUUUGGACGAGGUCUUUGCCAUGGAACUGCUGUACACCGCCCAGCGUCAGCAAAUGCAUCAUCCGGGUCUGCCGCGCGGCCUGGUGGCAGUCCUACUCUACUAUGACGGCCGCAAGGCCAUCAGCUGUGCGCUGCGCGACAUGUUUCAGGCGGUGAGCGGCGUCUCCUGGAGCACGGAGCUGCCCAGGGAGGUGACCUGUUUGGUGACCAACUAUGCCCAGAAUCUGGUGGAGGAUUCUAACAUAUUGGGGCGGCUGCUGGAGCUGCUCGAAGAGAUGGAUCUGGACAAGGAGUGCAUCCUGCUAACCAAGAACCGCGCCUUUGGCUCCAAGAAGCACCAGAACCAGGUGCUGGGCCUCUACGAGGACAUUCAGCGUGCCUUGGCCAUGGCCUUAUUCCACUGGUCCGCCCAGCGCGGUCUUCCCCGUCCCAUUGCCAUCCGGCUGCUGCAGCUGCUGGCCAAUCGCAAGACCACAGAUGCCGAUGGCAACAUUGAUGACAUCACCACAAUCAUGCUAAUGGCGCUGCUGUACGCGUACGACACUUCGGUGCUGCUGGUCACCGAUCACAAUAAUCCGCUAACCGGCCGCCUGCCUAUACUGAGUGAUCCGGAGUUUGCCAAGAGCUUUCUGGACGCUUUAUAUGCGCAGAACAGCUGGCAGAUUCCCCGCCUGGAUGCUGUGAUCAAGUACAGCUUUGGUUUGACGCUGGCCAGCUUGAGGCAUGCUCCCAGCCAGUUGCAGGCGGCUGCUCUGUCGGUGAUCAACCGGGAUGAGCAGCUCAUCGAUGAGGCCCUGGCAGCCAGCGUGUUUGCCUUCUUUUAUCGCCUGUUGCUGGAGAAGGAUCUGGUGUACACCACCGAAUUCAUCUACCGCCGCGUCCACCUGCACAUCACCGAUUUCAUAGACUUUAUGCAUGCCAAGGUCUCGGAGCUGCGUGGUCGGGCGGAUGAGUCUGCCAGGACGGUGAUCAGCUUUCUAAAUGAGGGCCUUGAACCGCCGCCCAAUCUGGAUGCCAACUACGAGGUCCUCAUGCUGUGCGUGGCCAAGCUGUAUGGGGAUCCCCGCGUGACCAUAAAGCUAUGCAAUGAGUACUGGGGCCCCAGCGAUCCUACGGCCGCCUUGAAGAACAGCUCUCGUUCUGUGUCCCUGUUCAAGUUUAUAAGCUUAGCCAGCGAGCUGCUUCCUCAGACUUUAUUCAAGUCCUACCUCAAGAUGAUCACCGGGCUGACGCGCACCGAGUUCGCAGCCCGCUGCGCUUUCAAUAUGCUGAAGCAUCCACAGGUGUCCACCGCCACAUAUGCCGUGAGCUGGGAUCACUUCUUUACAACGCUAGGAAAUUAUUACAACCUAAUGCGAAAUGACUUCAACACAAACAUCAACACCGCCGGCGACACCAUUUAUCGCAGCCGCUCCGUACCGCGCUCCAUCACGCAACGCGAAACGGAGCACUUGGUGGCCGUGAUGGGCAUCAUACAGGCUGUGGCUGAACACGAUGAGAUCUCCCGCAUCAUGAUCUGUGAGCAGCCCAACUGGCAGGUGCCGCAGGUGCUCCUCGGCUUAGUGGCCUGCUCUACGCCGCUCAUACUCAAGGCAGAAAUCCUUACCGCCUUGGCUGCCUUGGCCAGGUCAAGGGAGACGGCUCGCGCCAUUUGGUCCCACUUGGAGGACUCGCAAAUCAUUGCCACCAUACCCACGGCGAGCAGCUAUGGCCAGUGCAGCCUGGCCGAGGAGAUUGAGCAGAACGAGAGCCGCCUGGAGUCGUACAAGCUGACGCGAGGCAUCCUGCAGCUGCUCUUCACCCUCAUGACCAACCACAUGCCCAAGAGUCUGGGCGUGGGCUCGCGGAAGCCGGGCUACGAUGCCUACUUCAACUUUGUGCUGGAGUCCGUGCUGCUCAAGUUCUACAAUCGGGCAUACAAGGAUCCCGCCGAGAAGUGGCAAGUGGGUGCCCAGUGCCUGAAGCUAUUCUACUUCCUGCUGGCCACCUACCGGCCGCGUCCCUCGGACUUUGAGGAGAUGCGCGAGGAGCAUCCGUACUCUGGCUAUCACAUUAUGCUGCAGCUGCAGGUGAAGUCGGAUGUGCUGCGUCUGCUCCUGAUGAUCGUGGAGGAGGCCCGCGAGCGCCUGGACGACUACAACCGGUUUAGGGGCAAGGAACUGCUGGAAGAGUGCUCCCUCUAUGCCCUCCUGCUGCUCGAGGCGGCCCUGGCCAAGCAGAAUGAGUUCUUCGAGGCCCAUUCGGCGGCCAAUUGUCCCAUUCAGCUUUCGGGACUGAAUCGAAUGCUCUUGGAUCUGAAUCCGCGCAGCCGCAAGCCCGACCAUGUCCUCAACAUUGUCAAGUUUGUGACCUACAACAGCUGGCUGCCGCGCCACACCUUGGCCGCCGUCAAGAUCCUGAAGGCGGUGACCCAGCUGCCCAAUGUCUCCGCCCAAAUCCUGAGCAUGUAUGCCCAGAAUGGCACCGAGAAGCUGGAGAUCCGGCAGGGUUUCAUCGAGUGCCUGGAAAUGGAUGUGCGGGUGAGCCAGCCCAGCGAUGAUCUGCUGGAUCAGCUGGCCCUCAACGAUCAUUUACCUUUCCUGGGCUUUGGCCUCCAGGAAGGCAGGGACAAGGAACGCAACGAGACAGACACACGAAUGGAAAUCUAUGGGGGAGCGGAGGAGGAGCUUCACUUGGAGCGCAAGCCGGCACGCAUCGAGCUGCAGCUGAAGGAGUCCAUUGUGCAACUCUUCGAGAUGAAUCUCAGCCAGCAGCUGCCCAACUUUGUGUAUUUCCUGCUCGGCGUGGAUGUCCUGCGCGACUUUAUGGCCAACGAGAAGCAGCAUUUGGGCAUCGAGAUGUACGGCUCCUGUGUCAACUCGCUGGUUCUGCUCCUGGAGAAGUACCUGGAGCAACAGCGACACAGUGAGGAUUACUGCGAGCAUACGGCGAGCAUUGUGGAGAGGAUCUACCGCCUGUUCCGUGGCCUCUGCGCCAAUCGCCGCACCUCAGAGACCAUCCUGCGGUAUUUCCGACUCACCUGCAACGAUUUCCUGCUGCGCCACCUCAACUCGCUGCCCUUCCGCCAGCAUCGCGAGGAUCAUGUCCUGCAUGCCAUGGGCCAUCUGCUCACCUGUGUGGCAAUUGAGGUGAAGCUGGCCGCCACCCAUGGCCAGACGACGCGCUACAAGCUGCUCUGUGACAUCCUGCUGAUGGGUGCCGCGGGUUCGGAUGUUCAGCGCUCGGGCCAUGCCCUGCCCAUGGAUCUGCCGGCAUCCAAUUUCUUUGCCAUGGAUCUGUUGCCAGGUGGAGGUGGAUCCAUAGGGAUGAUGGGACCAGGAGCGGGCGCACCUCCUCUCUCAGUAACAGGAGCCAGUAGCCUAAAGCCUCCGCUGCUGCAGGAAACUGCGGUGGGAUUGCAUGCCAACCGGCUGCUCGACUGCCUCUGCCUGGAGAUCGAAUCCAAUGACCUACCGCGCCUGGAGUUCUUCGACUCGCAGCAGAUAAAGUCUCUGCUUCGGGACUGCGUGGCCACUGGCAGAGGUAAAGCUGGAACCAAUUUGCCGGCUAACCUCAUCAACAUCCGUCAGCUGCACGACAUCCUUUACGACGAACUGCGGCUGGUCCAGAGCACCAUAGCCAGUGGGCAGCGCAAGGCCAUCACAGCGGAGAUUGCUGUGUUCUUGGAGCAUGCCAUCAGGUUGAACCAGAUACGGACGCAGCGCAGUGCCACGCUGGCGUUCAUGGAGGCCUGGAGCCAGCUAGUGCAGGUGUUCUUUAGCAGCAUGCCCGAUGCCGUCCUGCCGCUGGCUUUGCGCCGUCAGCAUAUCGUGGACAUUGUGGAGAAGAUCCUGAUCAAGGUGCAGCCCAUCCAGCCGAUCAUCGAGAUCUCGAUUCAGGGCAGCGAAACGGUGCUGCUGCUCCUGGCCAAUCUCCGCUACUGCUGCUAUCAGAUCGAGAAUCAGCGCUCCGAUGAUCAGUCGGAUCCAAACGACACCCAGGCCCAGGCCAAAAAGAGUCUUGGGGUUGGUUCCCUGGGUGGGAGGGGGGAGAACGGUACCAACAGCAACAACCUAAGGUUCAUUCUCAAACGUCUGGUGGAGUGGAUCAUGGUCAGCGAGGUCAAGUCGCAGAAGCUGCGCAUCAAUUUGUACGGAGCCCUGCUCAACUGUUUGCGGAUUGUGAAGAGAAUGCGCAGCGACGAGGAGCAGGAGUUCCAGGAAACAGUCGCCAGUCGCCUGGAGACCUCGCGGGUGAGCAUCGGCCUUGAGUUGCGGCGCGAUGACCAUCAGCAACUGACGGAAAUGGCGGCCGCCGUGAUCAGUCAAUUUGGCGAGAAGCUUAUCGAGACCAUCUGCCACGACGCGGUGACCGGACACGAUGUCUGCCGGAUGCUGGCCUUGUCCUGCCUCGACAUGGUCUCCGAACUAAAUGCUGUGAGCACCCUCUGCGAGUUCGUGUCGAUGCGCGGCUACCUCAAGCACAUGCUGGACAGCCUGGCCAAGUCUGAUGAGGCGCUGUGCGGCAUCCUGCAGCCAGUGCCGGACCACAUGCGUCCGCUCUACGUCUACGAGUCGCACAUGACCUUUUUCACGCGCAUGGCCAACACGGACAUGGGCGCCCGUCUGCUCCUCGGCGAGCGGGCCCUGGGGGUGUUGUCCAACAUGCGAGUGUACGACCUCCAGCCGGACCUCAAGGCCAGUGAACUGAAGCGCGACGAGCCGCUGGCCUUCAUACCGCCGUUGGACAAGCGUUUCCGUUCCAUUCUGCUGCCAGCCUUGUCCCUCUGCGAUGCCAUUGUCAACUCGCUGGGAUCCCACAACAACUCGGCCGCCCUCCAGGUGCUCAACUUCCUCUUUGCCCACAUUGACAUGGUGGAGGCCAUGUUGCGCACGGCCACGCCCUUUAUGGACUUGGGUCACCUGCAGCAGCUGGCCGCCAUCACGAGUCUGUUUGCCCGCACAACCACCCACCAGGUGACGGCGCUGGAGGAUACCCUGGAUGUGGAGAACGACAUGGAGUUGCGCAAUCGUCUGGGACGUCUGCAGCAGCUGAUGAUCGUUGUGUUUGGUCGCUUCUCCGUCAACGAGGCUACCAUAAGGCGGAUGCUGCAGCAGGAGCAGGUGCACGCCGAACUGGCCGAGGCCGGAAAGACGCAGCACGUCAAGUUCUUUCUGGACAUUGCCGCCAACCUGUCACUAUACUGUCGCAAUGCGGUCACCAGCCGCGUCAAGGAUAGCAUGACUUCCAAAUAUCUGCUGACCACCAUCAUCAACGACGUCACACCACUGAGUGGCAAAAAGGACGGCAAGAAGCUGACCUCCAUAAUGCACACCAUUCUCAACCAGCUGAAGGGCUCCAUUGGCUACUACCUCUCGCAGAAGUCCAUAGCCGACAAUCUGCUGCAGCAGCGCGCCUCCCUGCCCAACAUAAGUUUCGGUCCCAGCGGCAAGCAAAGCUUCUUGGAGCUGAGCCAGCGGCACAACGAGAAACGCAGCGAACUGAUGCAGGCCGUCUUCAUUGCCGAACAGAACCUAUAUUUGCUGUGGAUCCAUCUGGACUUUUACCUGCGCAACGCCGUCGUCCAUGCAAACGAGAACCGGAAUGCCAUCAACGAGAGCAACCUGCUGGACGGCGGCGGACACAAUGUGUCCGUGCUGAAUGCCUCACAGGACGAGAUCGUGCAGCUGAAGCAGCUGCUCAUCUCCACCUUCAACGAGACCUUCUGCACGCAGCUGAUAACGGCCAGCGAGGAUUACACCGUCAAGUGCAAGGGUUUCAAUGCCUCGCUGCUGCGUCGUAUCAAGGCGCUUGUCCAGUUUGCUCCGGUCACGGUCAAUGGCAACGGCAAUGGAAACGAUUCCACUGGGUAUCCAUUUUAGGCUAAGUUUGCUUCGUUUUGGCAGUCUUUCUAUGCGGAUUUCCGCGAAUACAUGCCCCUCUAAUUCCGCCGACGUAUUUUUUGUAUUUAAUUGAUUCAAUAAAACCGUUGAUUUUUCUAUUCGAAAA